UCUCGUGAUGGGGGAGGCGCGGCGGCCGAAUCUCCUCGUCACUGGCACGCCCGGCACCGGCAAGACGUCCUUCUCGUCUCUCCUCGCCGAGGCGACGGGAUUGGCGCAUAUAAAUGUGGGCGAUUUGAUCAAGGAGAAGAAGCUCUACGAUGGAUGGGACGAGAUUCUCGAAUGCCACAUUCUCGACGAGGAUCUGCUCCUGGAUGAGCUCGAGGCGAGGAUGGCCGAGGGCGGGAAGAUUGUGGAUUACCACUGCUGUUCCUUUUUCCCCGAGAGCUGGUUUGAUGCGGUCGUUGUGCUCCAGACCAACAAUUCCGUGCUCUACGAUCGUCUUACUUCCAGAGGAUACUCCGGGAAGAAGCUUGAGAACAACUUGGAGUGUGAGAUCUUCCAAGUUCUCCUCGAGGAAGCCAGAGAGAGCUAUUCUCCAGACAUCAUCCGUGCCAUGCCCAGCGACACAAUUCAAGACAUGAACAACAACGUGGAGAUCGUCCAGCAGUGGCUACAAGCUCGAACGCCAUCGCUCUAGCUAACUACUAGCUACCAGGUCUGGAUGGAUAGUUAGGUGGUAGUCAGUUAAGCUCGCUACGUGGUCAGUCGCGAGUGGUUGCAGGGCCUUGGUUAGGCUAAGAGUGUCAUACGGUUAGGAAGAGUGACAGUUCUAGGCAGUCGGCAACUAGAAAGAUAGCGAGAGAGUUACACAGUGAAGUUCCAGGGAAAGCAGCGAAGAAGUUUGUAAAGCUCGAGAGCUCGAUCAAUGAGCAUGGCCGAGGAGGGCAGUGCGAGCAAGUAUGUGCGGCUUCAAGGAUUCCAUGGCAAGUACUUGUGGGCC